AUCAGGCCUAGAAUGAAGUAGGCAUUCAAUAAAUACAAAUAUUCACACACACACACAUGCAUGCACACACAUUUUAGCUCUUUCUAAAUGUCACUUCUGAAUGUCCUAAAGGAUACAUGUAAUAGAUUCUUUAAUUUUAUCUUUGAUUUAGCAUGACUGCUAUCUACCUGAUGUCCAUGCUUUUUGGCCUUGCAUGUGGGCAAGUAAUGUCUUUUUGUUUUCCAACUGAGUAUACGAUGCAUGUCGAAAGGAAAGAGUGUGCUUAUUGCCUAACCAUCAACACCACCAUCUGUGCUGGAUAUUGUAUGACACGGGAUAUCAAUGGCAAACUGUUUCUUCCCAAAUAUGCUCUGUCCCAGGAUGUUUGUACAUAUAGAGACUUCAUGUACAAGACUGUAGAAAUACCAGGAUGCCCACGCCAUGUUACUCCCUAUUUCUCCUACCCUGUAGCUAUAAGCUGUAAGUGUGGCAAGUGUGAUACUGACUAUAGUGACUGUAUACAUGAGGCCAUCAAGACAAACUAUUGUACCAAACCUCAGAAGUCCUAUGUGGUGGGAUUUUCUAUCUAACUUACUAGUGAUGUAACUUGCAAUUCAGUUAAAUGUGUUCACCUGGAAUAAAAUU